AUGAAGAUCCCUGGGCACCAAGGAUUAGACCAGCACGGCGUCAUAAAAAAACGUCAUUCUUCAGCUGGGUCAAGAGGGAAGAAGGAUAAGAUGGAUAAUUAUAGUGAUAUUGGGACUGAUGGAAGCAGGAGAAGGAGGCAUGACAGUCACGGAGGCAGCUCGAAAGAAGGAGGGAGGAGAGAUUUCUAUGAGAGGAGGCAUAAUUCUCAUGAGCUUGACAUUGGGUCAAAGCGGGAGGGAUUUAGACGGGGCAGGCAUGACAGCUAUGGUGAAUCUCCCAGAGACAAUAUUAAUAUCAAGGUUACUUUGGAUAGGAAUCAGAGACAGGUUAAGGUGUCAGGUGAACAGAACAGGUCCGAGUCCGACAUGUCCAGCUCUCAACAUGCACAUUCUGGUGGACUUCUCCAUCUUCCAGGGCAUCAGUCCAAGCAGCAGGAAUAUUAUCAGGAAGAACAAACAGAUGCAGGCAUGAUGGCAAGCCAUCAUAUGAAGAACAGAGAUCAGACUCAGGAUCAAAGCAGGAAGAUGCUUUUUGAUCCAAGGAAUCCAAACAAGCCAAUUGUAAUAACCAACUCAAAAAUCAAAGGUCCGGAUAAACGUGAGAUGGCUUCAUCACCCCAGGAAUCAAAUCGCAGCACUCCACCAACUAAUGUGCCUCAGCAGCAUCCACCCCCACAACCACCUCAGCCCCACCCCCAACAGUACUAUCAAGACUACCGUCAGGGAUUCACUUACCCAGACAUGCCAUACCCUGGCCCAGCAUAUGGCGGCAUGCCACCACACCCGGCAGCUAUGUUUGGUUAUCCCCAGUUUCCAUUCAAAGAGUGUGGCCUCUACACUGAUGACACCUACACUAGGGACCCAUAUUAUCACGGUGGCUACGAUCCUGACCAGGUAAUUGGAGGCAGGUCCAAGUCGCAGUGUCGAGCCAUGUCUGAGCAGCUACUCCGAGAUACCCAGCCAUUGGACAACCAACUUAACAACCUCCUGUCUCGGAGAAUCUCGGGUGAUGAUGGGUGGAGAAGGAUCACCAAACUCAGAGAUGAACUACGUAGCCGUUACGAGCAGAUCAUAUUCCUGGAUGCAGAUGUAUCCAACAAGCAUGGUGUUGAGCAGCUGCUGUGGAAGUCAGUGUACUACCAGGUGAUUGAGGUGUUCCGCCGUCACCUGGGGGAGGAUGAAGAUGAGGACUUCAAGGACAAGCUCCAUACUGUCCUAAAUGAAGGUACUGAGUUUUUCCAGAAUCUUCUUCAGAAGCUACAGUCUACCUAUAAUUUUAACAUUGAUGUGUUUCUGGAUGUAAACAACCCUCCUGGAGACAACAUCAGCCGAUCGGUCAAACUGGCCCUUCUCAGUGUCCAGAGGACCUACAUCUUCCUGGGAGACAUUGCCCGGUAUCGGGAACAGGCUAAUGAAACCACAAACUAUGGGCGAGCUCGGAAUUGGUACAUGAAAGCACAGCAGAUCGCUCCUAAAAAUGGAAGACCCUAUAAUCAACUUGCAAUUCUAGCCAUGUAUACGAGGAGGAAGCUAGAUGCGGUGUACUACUACAUGAGGAGUCUGGCUGCCAGCAACCCUUUCCUCACAGCGAGGGAGAGUCUCAUGUCAGUGUUUGAAGAUGUCAGGAAGAAGGCUGAAGCUACAGAACAGAAGAGACUGGCCGACAAGGAAAAACUGAAGAAGUUGAAACAGAAGAGACACCAAGAUGGCCCCCGGGUUGAGAUCUGGGUGUCUCAUGAUGGCAGGAGUGUGGAAGAUAAGGUUGACGAGACACAUGAAGAAGAUCUCACUAAUCUCUCUGCUAUAGAGCUCAACAAACGGUUUGUGCUUAGUUUCCUCAAUGUGCAUGGGAAACUCUUCACUAAGAUAGGUAUGGAGACAUUCCCCGGAGGCAGCUGCCUGAUGUUGCGAGAGUUUGAGGCUCUCCUGCAGAACUCCCCGGUAGUCAUCAGCAGCAACAGGCUGAUACAGCUCAUGGCUAUCAAUAUGUUUGCUGUGGAAAACACAGCUCUUAAGGAUGAAAGUCUUGGAGAGACGUGCCGGUCACUGCUUCAGGAACACGCUGUCCAGCUGGGUCUGGACAUGUUUGGGCUGCUCAUCAAGCACUGCUCUGAUCUCCUGACCUCCCACCUCAGUUCCACAGACUACCCAGCCCAACUGCUGAAUGAGGACCUACACCAGCUUGUCCCUGGGGUCAAGACUUGGUCUGACUGGAUGAUGUGUCAUCCUGCUCUGUGGAAUCCACCUCCAUCACUCAGGCCCCCGGACCUUGGGCUUGACAUUGAUGUGUGGAUGGGAAUGUCGAAUCUGUGUAAUGUGCUGACAGGACUGGACACCUCACAUGUCAAAAUCUACAGAGACAGGAAGGAAAGCUGUGAGCCCAUUGUCCUGAGUGAGGAUGCUACGAUGGCAGGCUUCAUUCCAAUGUUGAGUGCACUAGUGGAGAGCUGCUACAUCCAUACAACCACAGACAAGGAGGUUGCCAAGGAUUGCCUGAGACUUGAGAAACUCCGCCUUUUCGGAGAGUACCUAUGUGGCAUUGAGCCACCCAUGCUUUCCUACAAUGUUGAAACAAAACUGUACUUCUCUGUUGCCUUGGCUACCUCAGUCAGUGAGGAAAAGGACAGGAAAAGAGGCGGUAAUUCCUCAGACUCUGAUGAUGUGAUAAUUGAGAGUGAAGAUGAGGCUGAUGUUGAGAGUGGUGAGGAGGAUCAUGUCCGCCAUCUGAAGGCCCGCAAGCAGGAGCUGCAGAAGAAGAAGGAUGAACAGACCAGGCACCAGGAGAAUGUCCAGGCAAUUCUUGAUGAGAAUCGGCAUCGUCGAAUUGAACUUGAAAUCCAUCCAAUCUUCCUCAUCCCUGACACCAACUGCUUCAUCGACCAUCUCCCAGGACUGAAGAGAAUCCUAAACUCGAACAAAUACACCUUGGUUGUGCCCCUUGUUGUCAUCAAUGAGCUGGAUGGCUUAGCCAAAGGAAGUCGUGAAGGCCAGUAUGAAUCAGCCGAGCAUGCUGGGAUAGUCAAGUCAAGGUCACAGCAGGCCAUUGUUUUCCUGGAGGAAGAAUUUGAAAGAAAGAAUUCCCACAUACGAGCUCAGACUUCCAAAGGUUCCAUAUUGGAGACAAUAUCAUUCAGGAGUGAAGAGACAGAUGCGACGGGCAACAAUGAUGACUUGAUCUUAUCCUGCUGUCUUCAUUAUUGUAAAGAUAAGGCCAGGGACUUCAUGCCAAAGAAUAGAGGUAAGUCUUAGUGUAUUUCAUAUAAU